AUGAAUCAAGAGACCAUUUUCUUCAAUGGACGUGUCCUGACGAAGGCUGGCUCCGGUUUGGAAGGAAAGCCGGUUUUCACGGACAGUAUGUUGGUAAAGAAUGGAGCCAUCAUGGCAACGGGGAGCUUUGAAGAACUUCUCUCUGGGUGUUCAUCCGAGGCUCAAAAACAUGACCUCAAACAGCAAACUGUUCUGCCAAGUUUCAUUGACGGCCACAUGCAUCUUCUUCUCCUCGGCCAGUCGCUUCGAAAAUUGGAUCUUCGACCUUGCAAAUCUCUAGAGGGGAUUCGGUCUACCAUCAAGCAGUACGCGAUUGCCAACCCUGAUGUACCGACAAUUCUGUGUAAAGGCUGGAUGCAUUCCAUGACACCGAACGGUGUGAGCGCUGCCAUACUGGAUGAUCUUGACCCUAGACCAAUCUUCAUCGAUGCCAGUUCGCUUCACUCGUGCUGGAUGAAUUCUGCCGCCCUACAGCAGCUGGGUGCUGACACCAUGGCAGACCCACCAGGCGGCUCUAUCCAUCGUGAUGCAGAGGGCAAGCCUUCGGGUGUAAUGGAUGAAGGUGCCAUGAUGUCGAUCAUUUGGCCAUUCCAGGCAGUCUCAUCGUCCAAGGAAGAACGCAUGGAGUCGAUCCUCCAAGCAGUCUAUGAAUAUAACGCGGCGGGAUAUACUGGUGUUAUCGAAAUGGCCAUGGAUGAAGAGGCAUGGGAUAGUCUUCUGACUCUCCGCUCACAGCACCCGGACCUUCCCAUGCGUGUAUCUGCAUACUGGCUCAUCAAACCGACAGCGGAUCGCGAGGCCAACUCCAAGCAGGUCCAGCGUGCAGUUGAAUUGAGCAGGCAGUACAACUCCACCACAAGCCCGGACGUUCGAAUUGUGGGCGUCAAGAUUAUCUGCGAUGGAAUUAUUGAUGCUUGCACCGCGUUUUUGACGGAGCCAUAUGCGCAAAUCGGUUCCCCUCCACCUAUUUGGGAAGCCGAAGAUUUGGAUCCUGUUGUUCUGCAAGCCGAUCGGGCAGGUCUCCAGAUCGCUCUUCAUGCUAUCGGAGAUGGCGCAAUCAAAAUGGCAAUCGAUGCAAUCGAGAAGCAUGCAACCCCAGGACGGAGACAUCGUAUUGAGCACCUUGAGCUCGCUUCCCCCAGAGAUGCAAAGAGACUCGGAAAACUGGGACUCACGGCUUCGAUUCAACCAGUACACGCUGACCCCUCUAUUCUUACUGAAUGGCCUCGUCUUCUUGGAGAGGAUCGGUGUGGGAGGGCGUUUGCAUACCGGGAGUUUGCAGAUGCCGGCGCUCUCAUGGCGAUUGGAAGCGACAGUCCCACCUCACCAUGGGCCCCGAUGGAAAACCUCUAUGUGGCCACGACACGGAAGUCUUCCAGAGACAAUCAAUAUACUGGGGUUGUCAAUGAGCACUUCCGGUUGGGGAUGUGUGAAUCCAUUGUUGCUGCAACCGGGGGUGCAGCUCGCAGCGUCUUUGCGGAUGAGCGCAUAGGAGCUUUGGAAGUUGGCAAGUUAGCGGACUUUGUUGUGGUUGAUAUGAAGUGGGAGCCUGAUUCUUUGAUGGAGGCAAAGAUUAACGAAACCUGGUUUGAAGGACGGAAGGUCUGGUCCAGAGAUCAAUGA